AUGGAUCCGAAACCUUCUCUCAGUUUCAAACCCUGCCCCCUCAUGCAGCGAGAGGGGCCACGAACGGAAAAGAAGUAUCCCCCAUAUACCGAUUACCGAUUGAUAGACACACUGUCGUCAUUCAACAGAGAGAAGAUCUCAGAGCGAGCGGUUCAUGCAAAGGGUGCCGGCGCACAUGGAGUAUUCGAGAUAACAGACGACAUUUCGGAUAUUUGUGACAUCGACAUGCUACUCGGUGUAGGGAAGAAAACACCUUGCACCGCUCGAUUCUCUACAACAACCUUUGAACGUGGUUCCGCAGACAUGAUCCGCGAUCCCAAGGGAAUGGCUGUGAAGUUCUUCACAGAGAAAGGCAAUUGGGAUUGGGUUUGCCUUAACGUUCCCAUGUUUUUCAUACGAGAUCCCAUCAAAUUCCCAGCCAUGAUGCACGCGCAAAGGCGGGACCCGCGCACAAACCUUGUUAAUCCAAAUCUCUGGUGGGACUGGGUCUGUAAAAACCAUGAGGCCCUACACAUGGUUUUGCUCCAGUAUAGUGAGUUUGGUGAUAUGUUCAAUUAUCGCAAUAUGAGCGGGUUUGUGGGUCACGCGUUUAAAUGGGUGAAGCGGGAUGGAUCUUGGAAUUAUGUUCACUUUUUCCUCUCGUCUGAUCAGGGGCCUAGCUUACAAAGUGGCGGAAAGACUAAGGACGUCAAUGUGGGAGAUACAGAUUCGGCAACUGAGGAUCUACAUGAUGCUAUUGAACGGGGUGAAUAUCCCAGCUGGACAGCGCAUGUGCAGGUUGUGGCCCCCAAAGACGCCCAAAGACUACCAUUCAAUAUUCUCGAUCUGACCAAGCAUUGGAACUUGGGGAAUUCCCCAGGUUACCCCGAAAAUAUCCCAAUUAUCCCGUCUCGACCAUUCGGGAAGUUGACCUUGACGCGAAAUCCCAAAGACUUUUUCACGGAGAUUGAACAACUGGCGUUCUCUCCUUCGAACCUCGUUCCUGGAGUUGAACCGUCGGAGGAUCCAAUUCUGCAAGCGCGUUUGUUCGCGUACCCUGACGCCCAACGUCACCGGCUAGGGGCGAACCACAAUCAACUACCGGCAAACCAGCCCAAAGCGAGCACAGCAAACAUAGAUCACAGUCCUAAUACUACGGCUCAAGCCGAUUUAUAUUCAGACACCAAACAUCAAGCGUGGCUGGCCGAAACCUCUUCUCGGUCUUGGUCUGAGCCAAAUGGGCAGGACUACAAGUACCCGAGGGAUUUCUGGAAUGUUCUGCCGGAGCUACGAGGUGCCAAGUUUCAGAACAGUAUCGUGGUCAAUAUGUCCGAGUCUUUAGCUCAAACUCGGGCGGAUGUUAGAGAGAGGGUAUAUCAAACACUGUGCCUGGUUGCUAUCGAUUUGGCUGAUCGUGUGAAAUAUGCGACGGAAGUGCUCGUUCGCGAUGCGGAGGUGGCUAGUCCAAGGACAUCUCCUGGGUCAGCUAAGCUUUAA